GUCAUUCUAUGGAUCAAUCUAUCAAGAGUAAAAGUAAGAAACUGUUUGUGGCAGCCAUUGACUUCGGAACGACGUACUCCGGAUAUGCCUUCUCCGUUUCCCAGAGCUGGCGCAAAGUCAUGGCUUGUCAUUGGCAAGGAGGUGGCCUCAUAUCUCACAAGGCCCCGACUGCCCUGCUCCUCAAGAAGGCUGAGGGUUCAGACCCGGUCUUUGAGGCCUUUGGUUACACCGCUGAAGACCGGUACGCCACAGUGACGGCCAAAAAAGAACACAAGGACUACCUUUACUUUCAGCGUUUUAAAAUGAUCCUACAUGAAGAUUGUGAAGUCAAAAAAUCUAUGGAAUGUACAGAUAUUACGGGUGAGAAGUUAGAGGCCACUCAAGUUUUCACUCAUUGUAUUAAAUACCUAAAGGACCACUUAAUAGAUAAAAUCAACGAAAAGUUCGCGGGAACGAGUGACAAAGACAUUGAGUACGUGUUGACAGUACCGGCAAUCUGGGGAGACAAGGCCAAAAUGUUCAUGAGGAAGGCUGCGAUGAAGGUUGGGAUAGAGAAGGACCACCUCAUUAUGGCGCUAGAACCUGAGGCAGCAUCGAUCUAUUGUCAGCAUUUACAGAUAGAGAAUCUGAGGGACCCUAACGCCAGUGUCAUGGGAUCAGUCAGCACGGGCACCACAUACAUGGUUGCUGAUUUAGGAGGAGGUACUGCAGAUAUAACAGUACACAAGAAAUGCAUUGACAAUACAUUAGAGGAAAUCAUGCCAGCUAGUGGGGGGCCUUGGGGCGGAAAGUCGGUAGACGACAAAUUUAUAGAUUUCCUUUCAGAGUUAGGUGGCAAAGAUGUGAUGAAACUGCUCAAGGAAACAAACAUGGAGGACUAUGUUGAAAUUUUACGAACAUUUGAAAGGACAAAACGAUCUAUAACAAUUGAAAAGAAAGGAAGUAUCUUUUUCCGUAUACCGCUUUCCUUCGUUGAACUCUGCAAAAAAGAACAUGGCAUGGAGGAUUUUAGCCAAGUAAUACUGAAAUCACCCCACAAAGCUAAUGUGAGUUAUCUUCCAGGCAAGCUCAAAAUGACGGCAGACUUUUUCAGAGGGUUCUUCAAGAAAACCACUGAUGGUAUCGUAAAGCAUAUUGAGGAUUUAUUUAACGAGGAAGCAGUCAGAGACGUCAACCACAUUCUCAUGGUGGGUGGAUUUUCUGAAUGUAAACUAAUCCAAAAGGCCAUUAAAGACAAUUUUCCAGAGAAAAGAGUCAUUAUUCCAGAAGAGUCUGGGCUUGCUAUUUUGUAUGGUGCCGUUUACUUUGGACACGUCCCAGACGCUAUUUCUAGAAGAGUAGCGAGGUUUACUUAUGGAAUUCAAACAUGGCCUAAAUUUGACCCAAGGGUACACAGAGAAGAAAAACUUGUUGAUAUGAAAGGAGAAAAGCGUUGCAAGGAUGUUUUCUUCUCUUUUGUCCAAAAAGGUGAACAAAUAUCCAACAGUUUUUCCAAAUCGCAGAUAUUUCGAUCUCUUCAUACAGAAGACGCCAUACUUGAGUGUGGGAUUUUCAUUUCUACAGAGAAGAAUCCGGAAUAUGUGGAUGAUGCCAGCUGUCGUCGCCUUGGUUCCUUACGGGUUUCCCUCCCAAAAGUAUCGGAUGCAACUCAGCUAGAAAUAGAGGAAACGUUCUAUUUCGGGGAGACAGAGCUUCGCGUUGUUGCUCGUGACGUCAUGAGCGAUUUAUCUCAGGACAUUGUCGUCGAACUAUUAUAAUAACAAAAAUAUAUAUUUUAUAUUACAUGUAUCCGUAAUGUAUUGGGACUAUGUAUUUAAUUUUGUCUUCCAAUCUUAUUCAAUCUCAUUCCAAUUCAAAAUUCAAUCCUUUGAUUGGCUGCUGAAUUUAAUGCCUCCUGUAGAGGAUCAGAGAUCUUAUUAGUCCCCCUACCGAUGAAAUCGUGGGGGACUGUAGGUUUAGUUCUUGUCUUUUCGUCUGUCUGUCCAUUUGUCAGUCGUCUGUCACACUCUUGCAGAGAUUGAGUUGGUUUUUAAAGUAGUCACAAUGCAGAUUCUUACUGAUAAAUAGAAAAUAUCUCAGAAAACACUACCUUAAUAUAAAAUAAAAAUAAAAUGUUAAACAGUGCUUUAAUAAAUCGAGUUGAAGGUCAGUAGUCUUAGAGGCAUCUACGGAGGUCUUAAUGCCACAUUAACUCUUUUUAUUUUUUAUUUUCAAAUCUUUU